UCUAACCCCUCCUACCCCCUUCAGCUGAAAUAACAGGGAUGCUUUUUCGGUUGCUUUCAGCUUGUGUCUUCCGUCAUAUGGCCUUUGAAAGUUUUGUCCUUUUCAUGGACUAAAGGCAAAGGUUUAUCUUCAACAGGCCUUGCAAAUUAUCUUAAUUUAGAUCCAUAUCUUAUCAUCACAAAACGUCAAAUUCUUUUUGGAGAGUUUUUCUUGUGACAGUGGCAUCCCACCUAUCUUUUAUCAGAUAAGGCCUGCAACUGAAUGGUGGUGGGCAUCUGAAUUGAGUCAAGUUCAGAUGUGCAAGUAACUGCUUUAUUCAUCUUUUUGAUUUCUCAAGUGUCUUGCUUCUUGACGAGAAAUUAGAAGCCAGAUUGAUACACAAUGGCUUACUACAGCUCUAGCUAUUAUAUGGAUGAUCAUGGUGAGUACGAUGGGGAUUACCCUUUAACCCAUUCCUAUAGUAGUUAUGAUUCUGCUGCAGUUCAAGAUUCAAUGGCUUAUUCCAGCUACAAGUCCAAUGAUUACCAAAUUUUUGCCUAUGAUCCGAUUCCUCUUUUCGUUGCCUACGAUCCUGUUUCAAGCUAUUCAAGAACUGCAUAUUCUGUAUCCACUUCCAGCGAACCCAAGUAUAUUCAGUAUGAUCCUGAUCUUUACUUUCCUGCUCAGACUCAGUUCAUCAUAUCUUACUCUGUUUCAGAGUCUGGAGAGCCUGAUUUUGAAGAAUAUGAUCCAACACCUUAUGGUGGUGGCUAUGAUCUGACUCAGACCUAUGGCAAACCCCUUCCACCUUCUGAUGAAACUUGUUAUCCUCGCUCCACGCAUGAUCUAGGUACCUUACCCUUAAAUGGAGUCUCUUCUGUGCCGAUAACAUCCCCUAUUGGAGAAAAGGAAGUUGAAGAGCUUGCAAAAACACCCCCGAGCGAAAGCCAACCACAACCACCCGCCAUCAACGAGACAGAGCAGCAGCAGCUAGGUGAGUAUGACCAUGACCAUGGCAAUUCUCAGAGGGAGCCUUUAGACUUGUAUCCUGGAGAGGAAAGCAAGGAAAAGUAUGGUGAUGAUCACUCUCCUUGGUCUGGGUAUGGCAACGGAUAUGAGUAUGAGAAACAAGUGUCAGUGCCUGAAAUUCCAUCUGGGUAUGGGUUGGAAGCAAUGGAUCUUUGUGAAGGUUUAUUUGGGUACUGGCCCUGCCUGACUCGUUAUGCAAGGAGAGUGAACGAUUGUCAACAAGUUGCAGAUUAUGGAAAUUGCAGCAAUCAAUGGAAAGAAAGUGCUGAUUAUCUGUUUGGGAAUCCAUAUCCAUACGGCGAAAGAAGUGAUGAUGCUCGCAGUUAUGGGAACGCUGUGUAUAGCUAUGAAAGGCAUUAUCAGCAAGUUGAAGAUUCAUGGUCUGCAUAAUUUCAGAAUAAUCCAAUUCUUGUACCAAAAUCUCCUUUGUAAUGUUGUUUUUUAUUCCUUGUCUGCCCCUCUAAUUUAUACUAAUUAUUUGAAUAAUUCCACAAAUAGUGGAUUAUUGAUCAUUUCAUUUUUGAAAUUGGAAUACAGAGAAGGAGAAAUUGAAGUUA